AUGGGUUAUGUUGGCGUACGGCGUACCCGCGUUUUACUCGCGCGCACCUGAGACGCGCUCGUUAUUUACGCGUUGUUUUCCUUGUCUCGCUUUUGCGCCAAAAACGCUACCCGAUUAUCGCCCGUGAUUCUUAGUGAAUUCGGAGCUCGGCAUCAUACGUCGCGCGUUUUUCCCGUCGAUCUAUUGUCAAAAUCAGCUGCCAUUGUUGGCUUUGGCGCUCUUCUCCUCCUCUAUUUUUAUUCGCCAUGCUAGAUCGCUAGCCAACGAACCGUUAUUGUGUCUUUGUACUCGCUUAGCACCGAAUGCGUUUUUUUUUUUUUUUUCGCGAUUUAAUACUAUGAAAUUUUGUUUCCUCACUUUCUGUCGGUUUUGCUUAUGUGAGAAGAAAUUGUUAGUGGAAGUGUACAGACACGUUUGAUAUUGAGAUAUAUACUUAAUUAUGGUUCUUAAAAACUCUUCUUAACUAAUGUAUAUUACACUUAGAUAAAAUUUGACCUGACAAAGCCUUUAAUUCCUUGAGAAACGUUGGUUUCAUAUGAACUAUAUUUUGUAAUAUUAUUAUAUUAAUAUAUUUUAUGUUGUAGAGUUUACAGUAAAUACACUUUAACAAAGAAGUCUACAUUAAUAAAGCAUUUAUUAAUAGACAAUGCAUACUUUAGAACUACUUUUUUAUGUUAUACAUGAUUCCAUGAAUAUGUUUUUAUUGAUGGUGUUUAAAGAUAUGUCACAGGACGCAUGUCAGAAGGCUGAGAUUCCAAUUUAUGUAUAUAAGGCUGAGACAAGAAAAUGCCAAAAUAAAGAAUUCCACAGUAGAAUUGGUUUGAGAGAUAAGUGGGCAGUAAAUGUAAUCAGGAACAUAAUAGAGAGCAAGGAAGAAAGGUAAGAACAAAAGUAGUAAAUGCAGUGGCUGAGGGAACAAUGGAUCCAGCAAUGUAUGUCACAUAUUCUCCCCAAACAAAUGGAGUUCCGUUGGAGUCCAAACUUGCUACCUACAUGAAUCGUCAGAGUCCUGCUAUAGGAUUGAACACAAGUUCAGUGACUAAGCAUUUGUCCAAUCUUUCUCUGGACUCACAAAAGAAGAUAACUGCUAGUCCCGAAUUUGUGCCAGGAAGAAGCCUUGCGGGCAGCAAUAGCAGCUCGCCAAAUCUCUUUAACAACUCCUACACACAUUCGCAAGAGAAUGUGGGUGGCACUACGUACUUUUAUUUCGGAAAUGCCACCAGUGAUGCUGUUGGAGCAGAAGAUGGAACUGAGAUCGGACCUGUAACAGCAGGCCAGAUCGGUUAUGUGUAUCCGGGCACACCUUCGCAUCUACAACCUAUAAAACCUGCCAAACCACCCUCAUCUAAUAAUUCUUCUGCCCCUUCUACACCUCCUCCUCAAGCUGCCCCUAGUUUUUUUGUGAGUGAGAGUUUGCGGUUGGACAUUCUCCAAAAAAAUGCAUUGACAUUGACACAACCAGAUGUAGUAAGAUUUCCCGACUUGCCUAAUGAGGUUGAUAAUUAUCACGAGCUGUGCCCUUUAGAGCCAAUACAUAAACCUGCCUCGACAGUUCUCGGGUAUCAGACUUCUACGUACAAAGCUACCAAUAUCAAGACUGGCACUCGUUACUGUUUACGUCGUGUACAUGAUUUUCGACUUGCCAAUACAAAAUGUAUGGUAUUGGUUGACAUGUGGAAACGACUGUCUCACACAAAUCUGGUUCAAUUGAGGGAAGUUUUCACCACUAAAGCAUUUGGUGAUCAUUCCAUGGUUUUCGUAUACGAUUAUCACCCUGCUUCGGAGACUUUAUUGAAUAAACAUUUCUCUUCGACCGAGCUCAACGGUUAUACGGAUCCGUUCUCCUCAGACCCCAACGCGCCACGGCCUUAUAGUCACACCAAAAACACUAUCCUGAGACAGCAGCAUAGCAGCAUGCUGCCGGAAAGUGUUAUUUGGAGUUACAUUAUUCAACUCACUGCCGCAUUUCGUGUCAUUCAUGCUGCUGGCUUGGCGUAUAGAUGCUUAGAUCCCACCAAGGUACUACUUACAUCGAGAACGCGACUUCGUUUGAGCUGUGUCGCUAUACCAGAUGUAGUUACUCUUGAUGGGAACGCUGCAAAUCCUCUCACCCUCAUUCCACAUUAUCAGCAAGAGGAUUUAGUAGCACUCGGCAAGUUGGUUUUAGCUCUAGCAUGUCGAAGCCUUAUCGCCGUCCAUCGCGACAAUAUGUCAGCUUCUAUCGAGCUGAUUACACGUUCCUACUCUACUGACCUUCGAAAUCUCAUCCUGUACUUGCUGUCAAAUCAACCCCGUAAGAGCGUCACAGAUCUCAUGCCGAUGAUUGGUGCGCGAUUUUACACGCAGUUGGAUGCCGCUCAAUUACGGUUGGAUGUUUUGGAGAACGAACUUGCCAAGGAGUUAGAGAACGGACGGCUAUUUAAAUUACUGGUCAAAUUGGCAACAAUCAAUGAAAGACCGGAACUCAAUAUGGAACCUACAUGGGCGGAAACGGGCGAUCGCUACAUGCUCAAACUGUUUAGAGAUUAUGUGUUUCAUCAAGUGUCAACUGACGGAAGACCUUGGUUGGAUCUGGCGCAUGUCGUAGCUUGUCUAAAUAAGUUGGAUUCGGGCUCGCAGGACAAGGUAUGCCUCAUGUCACGAGAUGAACAGAGUAUUUUAGUGGUAAGUUUUGCAGAGCUGCGACAAUGUUUGGAAACGUCAUUUGGAGAAUUGGUACAAUCUACAAAGGAUACUGUCUAAAAAUCCUCAAUAGCGCAUACUCCGAACCAUGAAUGUGAUAUCAUCACUUAGCGGUACUAUCAUUUUACUCUUUAUCGAAAUAUUGGAGAGUGAGAACUGCGUCGAAUUGUAUUUGAUGGUGUAAGAAAAUAACGCGCAACUCAGUUUUGUACACAUAAUUUUGAAUCGUCGAAUUAGGGUACGAAUCACGCAUCAAAAAUGCGGUGCAUUUAGAAUGUAAGGCGAUAAAAAAAAAAACUUCAGAUCUUUAAGUCGAUAGGAAUCCCAACGGGGUCCUGAAAUUUUUGGGUUUUUUGGAUUUUCUAAUUUUUGGAUCUUAGGAUCUUUAGACUUCGGAAUUCUUGUAUAUUAUAAUAAUAUUCGGUUUGUACAUUUUCUGUGGAUUUUUUUCGAAGUCUAUUAUUAUUAUUAUUAUUAUUAUUAUUAUUAUUAUUAUUAUUAUUUUGUAGUCUUUGACCUUUUAAAGGUUCUGAAUUCUUAUAUCUAUCGAUCCUUGGAUCUGUGAAGCUUGAUCUCUUGGGAACUUUUUGAAAAGUGCGAAGAAUGUCAUGUGAUUUCAUGAAUCAGCUUUAGCUAAGCUGAAUUCGCUGUAAAGCCCAUUAAGGUACUAUACAAAAAUUGUACACAAACUUAAUAAUGCGGUAUAAAUUCUUAAGGAAUCUUAAGACAACACCUAAACACACUCGGUGUCCUCUAGGAUAGAAAUCUUAGUUUUUAGAAUACAGCAUUAAUGGUAAGCAUUAAUUUUGAAAUAAAUGUUUAUUUUUGA